GAGUUUGAGAAGAAAGAAAUUAUAUAAAAUUAGUACUGCAUCAAAGCUUCCUUCAUCACUAGAACAUUUCUAAUUAAGUUGUAGCCCUCCGCCAGCUUUAGUGGACCUUCCUCCAAUCCAUUCCAUUACUUCCCUUUCCAACUCUCCCUCCCUUAUCCAACCAAAAAGCCAUUGAUUGCUAGGAUGUCAAGUCUAAGGCUAGGAAAGAAGCUUCAACCUGCUAAGAGAGCAUGGAAGAGCUUCUCCACCAGACUGCAAUCAAGAGUACACAAGGUCAACAUUCCUAAAGCCAUCAAAUCCACCUAUAAACAGCUCCUUGUGACCUUGCAUUCCCUCACUUCUAGAACAACACCACAUGCUGCUUCUAACCACCAUGUUCAUAGGCAUAGCAAAAAGAACAUCCCUGCUGUACGCAUCGAUGACCUCUUUGCUGAGCAUGCUUCUUCUUCCAUCCAUCUGGAUGCCAACAAGGGCCAUCAUGCAAGAGGGGAAACAAGCAGAGGGAAAGAGGUAGCGCCGGUUGGCAUGGAAGAGGAUGAGGAAGACAUGGGAGGUGGGAGCAGUGGUAUAGAAACUAUUGAGGAUGCAUGGAAGAUUGUAGUUGCUAAGUCACCUAAGCUGCAGGUAGAUGAGAAAACAAGGGAGUCUAAGUCACCUCAGCUUCAGGUGGAUGAGAAAGCAGAGGAGUUCAUCUCCAAGUUUCAUCAAGAUAUGAGGAUUCAGAAAGAGAGGUCUCUGCUGGAAUCACAGGAAAGGCUAGAUCGAAAUGGCUGAAAGAAACUUGAUUCCCACUAUCUAUUCUCUCUACCACAUCGUAUGUGAUUCAUAGUAACAUGGUACAUGGUUGAUUGGGAUUGCUUUUCUAGUGCUUCAUCUUGGGUUAUCACAUGGAGUGGAUUUGCAAGGAAGUUAUGACAAGAUAUCUUGGAUUUUUUUAAGGAAUUAUUUUUCCUUUGCCUGGUUUUAAAUUUAAUUCUUCAUUCUUAGCUCACAGGAAAUACUCAAUUGUGGAUUUAUUUUACUCUGAUCAACUCAGUUUGUAAACAAUGUAAUAUAAGUCAGAAAGAGCAUUAUUGUUCUUGUUUUUCAGUGUGCAA